AGGAGAAAAUAGCUUCAUGAGGAGCAGACAGCACUGACAUGAUUAGCUGUGACACAUGGUGCAGAGCUCCAUCCCUGCGUUGGAACACGCCCAGGUGAUCCUCAGAGAGUCGGUUCAGAUUGCUGCCCGUUUCCUAAUGUGUAAAUGAGUGUGGGGACUGGGCGGGUGUGGACUAAAAUGAGGACAGCUUCAGGUGAUGUAGGAGCAAUUAUUAUUUCAGUGAAAGGACAUAUGUGACAUCAUCGGUCUUUUCAGGCAACAAGUGACUUUUCCCAACAGUUACACACCAACUAAAAAGAACAGAGCUCUGCUCUUGUACCCAGAAUUGUAAACUGGAGCCCAUUCUAGGUUUCUGAGUAAAUUCUUUUACAGAGAAGAGGAACGUUUCCUCUGGUCAGAGCUGCUGCCGACAGAGGAGGGGAGGAGAUGGAAAUGAAAGUGGAUCCUCCAUAUGUCAACACAGGUUUCCCAGAGACAUUUAUGUCCUCAUUUGACUUACAUCAUCAUCAGUGCAACGAGUGCAACGGCUGGGCUAAGAUCUGAAGUGUGCAAGAGAUAAAAGGACGCUCUUUUAAGUCACCUGCCAACAUCAGGUGACGGCCGAUCCACUGCGUCUGAGUUUGUUUCCCUGCUCUCUUGGGUUUUUUUCUUUCACCCUCCCUCGCUGCAUUUUCUCCAGGCUGAUGCUUCCAUGGACCCUCUGGCUCCUCUGCUUUCGUCAGUAACUUGGAGCGCUCUGAGAACUUUGUCAACUCCCCGUAUUGGAGUGGGAAGGGAGAGGAAAAGGGAGCAGUUGAUGGGGCGCAGCCCAGCAGCUGCAGGCUCCUCUGGAGACGGCAUCAGGACUCUUAGCUGGAGUUAAUUCCCCCGGGUCAUGACGAGGCAGCGUCUAAUCCUCCUCACCCCCCUGGCCCUGCUAGGACUCCUGGUGGGGCUUGCUGACCCCAACCCUGACACGAUGGGUGAGGAUGAGGAUUACUACAUGCAGGAGCUGCUGACAAGAGAACAGCACAACCAGGUGCAAAUGCUGGAGAAGCCUGUGGCCUCGCUACCUGACAGAUAUGACCAUUCUGGCCGCAGCGCUGCCAGGACGGUCCCCAAAGGAAAGGAGGACAGGAGUACAGCUGAUGCAAAAUCAGUGAACAACAAAAAGUCAGAGAAGAACAAAAAGAGCAUCUUAAAAACCCCAGACGGCAACACAGAUGGAGGACAGUACAACUCAAUAAAAGACGAAUGCCCUCCGAUGGGACUGGAGACGUUGAAAAUUGAUGACUUCCAGCUUCAUGCUUCAAGUACCAAACGCUACGGUCUUGGUGCACACAGAGGUCGACUCAAUAUUCAGGCAGGCCUCUAUGAAGAUGACCUCUACGAUGGGGCCUGGUGUGCAGGCAGAAAUGACCCGCUGCAGUGGUUCGAAGUGGACGCCAGGAGGCUGACCAAGUUCACAGGGGUCAUCACACAAGGCAGGAGCUCCCUCUGGUCGAGUGACUGGGUGACCUCAUACAAGGUGAUGGUGAGCAAUGACAGCCACACCUGGGUGAUGCUGAAGAACGGCUCCAAAGACUUGAUCUUCAGCGCCAACAGGGAAAAAGAGAUCCCAGUCCGGAACGUCUUCAGGACACCAGUGGUCGCUCGGUAUAUCCGGGUCAACCCUCGCUCUUGGUUCAACAGCGGAAGCAUCUGUAUGAGGGUGGAGAUCCUUGGUUGUCCUUUGCCAGAUCCCAACAACUAUUACCACAGACGCAACGAAGUCAUAACAUCAGACGACUUGGACUUCAGACAUCACAGCUACAAAGAGAUGAGGCAGCUCAUGAAGGUGGUGAAUGAGAUGUGCCCCAACAUCACCCGCAUCUAUAACAUAGGAAAGAGUCAGAGCGGCCUGAAGCUGUACGCCAUAGAGAUUUCUGACAACCCUGGAGAGCACGAAGUUGGUGAACCAGAGUUUCGAUACACAGCGGGCUCCCAUGGUAAUGAGGUUCUGGGACGAGAGCUGCUCCUCCUGCUGAUGCAGUUCAUGUGCCUGGAGUAUUUGUCUGGCAACCAGCGCAUUCGUCACCUGGUGCAUGAGACUAGAAUCCAUCUGUUGCCAUCUGUCAACCCCGAUGGGUACGAGAAAGCCUUUGAAGCGGGUUCUGAACUCAGUGGCUGGUCUCUGGGUCGAUGGAGCAAUGAUGGAAUAGACAUACAUCAUAACUUCCCAGACCUCAACUCCAUACUGUGGGAAUCAGAGGCCAGGAAAUGGAUCCCUCGCAAAAUGCUCAACCACCACGUGUCCGUCCCAGAGUGGUACCAGUCUUCGAAUGCCUCGGUUGCCUUGGAGACGAGGGCUCUUAUAGCCUGGAUGGAGAAGAUGCCCUUUGUGCUGGGUGGCAACCUUCAGGGAGGGGAGCUGGUGGUGACAUUUCCCUACGACAAAACCCGCUCCCAGGGAGUGACCAGGGAGCAGACCCCUACCCCUGAUGACCACGUCUUCCGGUGGCUGGCCUUCUCCUAUGCGUCCACCCACCGCCUCAUGACUGACGCCAGCCGACGAGUCUGCCAUACAGAAGACUUUGCCAAAGAAGACGGCACCAUCAACGGGGCUUCCUGGCACACGGCAGCCGGCAGUAUGAAUGAUUUCAGCUAUUUGCACACCAACUGCUUUGAGUUGUCGAUGUAUGUGGGAUGUGAUAAAUUCCCUCAUGAAAAUGAGCUGCCUGAGGAGUGGGAGAACAAUCGCGAGUCUCUUCUCGUCUUCAUGGAACAGGUGCAUCGUGGGAUCAAAGGUGUGGUGCGGGACCUACAAGGUCGUGGAAUAGCCAACGCCAUCAUCUCCGUGGAAGGAAUCGGCCAUGAUAUUCGCACAGCUGCUGAUGGCGACUACUGGCGUCUCCUCAACCCCGGAGAGUACAGGGUGACGGCCAGGGCGGACGGCUACAGCCUAGUUAGUAAGAAAUGUGAGGUGGGCUACGACAUGGGCGCCACCCGGUGUGACUUCACCAUCGGUCGCACCAACCUCUCACGGAUCAAAGAAAUAAUGGAAAAAUUCAACAAGCAGCCCAUCAGGCUGCCCAUGAGGCAGCUCCAAGCUCGCGGCUCCAGACAAAGACGUCUGGGAACUUAGUGAUGGAGUUGGAGGAAACCAGACGUAGAAAUAAUAGAAAUAAUAUUAUCAGCUCUGAGAAGACUGGAAAAUAAUCCACUGCUGUCAGAGGAAUUUAAAAUGUGGACUAAUUUAAAAUAUUUUGUUUGUUUUGCUCUAUAAGCUCGUGAUACUUCUAUCAUCUCAACAUUUGUCAGUAUUCAGUAGCAGAGAUAAGAUCUGCCGAGAGCUAAAUAUGUUUUUCCUUUUAUUUUGUAACAAUAAGAAAAUCUGUCACCUUGACGUAACACAGAUAAGGAACUUUGAAAUAAAAACAAGAAAAAGGGAAAACCAAACUUUCAGAGAGGAGAAUUGUUACAACAUUCCAGACAAACAGCUGUUACUUACAAACCUAUUAACUUAUAUAACUCUAUGUAAACCAUUACAGACUUUUAUUACAUGCACUUCUACCAUUUUUGGACUCAGUGACAUUUGUUUGUGUCGCUGAUUGUUUUGUCUUUUUUUUAUUAACUUUAGUUUCGGCAAGAUAUUAAAUAAAGACUAUAUUUGC